ACGUCCAGCUGCUGUUGGUGAGUAAAGAAGAGGUUCCCCCUGAGCAGCAGGAGUGGAGCCCCGGUCUGGACCAGGAGGACCCAUCAGAGCCCCCACACAUUAAGGAGGGAUGCAGCCUGAGUCUGGACCAGGAUGACCCACCAGAGCCCCCACACAUUAAAGAGGAACAUGAGGAACUUUGGACCAGUCAGGAGGGAGAGCAGCUUCCAUGGAUGGAGGAGGCUGAUAUCACAAAGUUCAAAUUUACUCCUGUCCCUGUGAAGAGUGAAGAACAUAAUGAAGAGAAACCUCUGUCCUCACAGCUUCAUAAACAGAUGGAAUCAGAAGCUGACAGAGAGGACUGUGGAGGACCAGAACCAGCCAGGAACUCAGAUCCAGAUAGACAUUUACAACCAGAUACUGAUGACAAGACGUCAGACCCCUCUGAACCUGAGACUGAUGACAGUUGUGAUUGGGAGGAGACCAGGGAACCUCAGUCAGGUUCAAACCCUCUGCAAAAUAACAGUGGAUGUAACACUAGUGAGAAACCAUCCGGCUGCUCUGAGUGUGGUAAACGAUUCAGCCAAAACUCAAACCUGAAGAGACAUAUGAGAAUUCACACAGGAGAGAAACCAUUUGUUUCAGUUUGUGGUAAAGUAAUUGGACGAGGCUCGAAUUUGACCUCCCACUUAAGAUUUCAUACAGGAAAAAAAACUUUCAGUUGCUCAGUUUGUAAAACAACUUUUCAUGACAGAAGCAAUUUGUCCAAACAUAUGACAAUCCACACAGGGAAGAAACCCUCUAGUUGUUCUCAGUGUGGUAAAAUAUUCGCUAAAAUCUCAAAUUUGAACACACACUUAAGAGUUCAUACAGGAGAAAAACCUUUUACAUGCUUAGUUUGUAAAACUAGUUUCAGUGACAAAAGUGCUUUGUCCAGACACAGCAGAAUCCAUACGGGGAAGAAACCAUUUAGUUGUUCAGUUUGUGGUAGAAGAUUUACACGAAAGACACUUCUGAGACAACACUUGACGGUCCACACAGGGGAGAAACCAUUCAGUUGUUCAGUUUGUGGUAAAACAUUCACAGUAAGCUCAAACUUGACCACACACUCAAGAGUUCAUACAGGAGAAAAACCGUUCACUUGCUCAGUUUGUAAAUCAAGAUUCAGUGACAGAAGCGCUUUGUACAGACACAGGAGAAUCCACACGGGGGAGAGACCAUAUACUUGCAGCAUUUGUGGUAAAAGAUUCAUUCGGCACGAUCACAUCAAAAAGCACAAGUGUGCCAGUAAGAACAGUGGAAGCAAAUGAAGCUGCAGAGAUGCUUGUUGAGCCGAUUCCUUUCAGCAAGAUUGAAGUACUGAGGGCAAAACUUGACUCAGCAAUAAGAUAAGUUGGUAAGUUCAAAAAUAAGUCUUGCUUCUUUUUAACUAAGAUGAAGUCACGUGAUCAUUUUAAAUCUGUUUUUAUUUGUGUUUAAAUUAUUUUGUCAUUUUCCGGGUGCUCUUUGAUGUUACAUUUAUUCACUGAUUUAAAAUGGAUUGAAAUUGUCUAAAGUACAUCACUAUGGUUAAUGUGUUGUUUUAAAGUCUGGAAUGACUGGACUUUCCUUCCAACAGCACAGUUUAUUUCUAAUUUACAUGACCAAAACAACUUGUGCUUAAUCUUUUCAGCUAAGAUGAAGCCAUGUGAAUAUUGUAAUGUUUUUAUGUGUCUCCAUUAUUCUGAAAUUUUCCAGGAACUGUGUGUUUUUGUAUUACAGUUGCCUAAAAGUAUUUGUUGUCACCUGUACAGCACAUGUACAGGUCAACAUGUGUUGUUUUAAAAUGUGGUUUAUAAAUAAAAUGACUUGACUUGAGCAGUGGGAGUAAAUGAAGCUGCAGAGAUGCUUGUUGAGCCAGUUCCUUCCAGCAGGAUUAAAGUACUGAGGACAAGUCUUGGCUCAUCACUGUUUUUAUCUGUCACAUUGUUUGGUCGUUUUCCAGGUGAUUUUUGGUAUAACAUGAAUUUGAAAUGGAAGAAAGUUCUCAAAGUGUUUAUGUCACAUGUGCUGCACUGUUUCUAAAUGAAAUGACUAGACUUACCUCCAUACAACACAGUUUAUUUUUUAAUUGAAUGGACUCCCGGUCUUGAAUUGAUCUCAUUAUAUGUAAAACAUGAACAGUUGAUUCUGAAACUGCUGAUACUGUAUUUGUGUUAUUCCAGUCAGAUCACAAGUGUUUAGACAAACUUUGAUUUCACACAAUUUGACAGCUGAUGUGUUGGAUUUACCAAGUUCCCUUUAAAACAGUUCAGAUUUUUCCAGCCUGUUUCUGUGCACUACUCAGCUGCCAUAUGUUUGUUGAGAGAGUUGUUGAUGCUGUAAUGAUUCUUCACCUGGGUAUCUUUAUCCCGGACUUGUAUUUAUGUUUGUUGCAGUUGUUUUGUUGCAGCAAUAAACCUCCUGUCAUGGUU